AUUUGUGAAGUUUGCGUUCUGAAUAUAAACAAAAAUUUUUAUUGCUGCGUGUUAAUUAUAAAGUUUGCAUUGUCGGAGUUAGUUAUUUCAUUGUUUCUGUUGAAUAAUAAAAUUAAUAGCACCUUGGAUCGCGUUUAUUUAACAUUUUUUUUUAAAAGUGCAGUACAUGGUUUCAUGAACUUCUAACACAUCUCACACGGUGCAACCGAAAUAUCGUUACGAAUGAUCCUCAUCGUUACUUUCCACCUGUUUUUUCAAUAAACCUGACCGGUUCGAAAAAUUGGUCGGUUUUUCGACUACGUUAUUUUGAGCGGUUUCGGUACGAUUGUUUCAUGUGCUUCGAGUGACAUCUUCAUUGGCAAAGCCGAGUAUUGUGCGAAAAUGAUCAUGAUGAAUGGAGAUCAUUUGCGCGACGACGAAGACGAAGUCAUCGUCGAUGUCGAAGAACCGUUGAUAUUUCACGACGAAACUCAUCACCAUAAUUUGCUGCAAUCGUUGAACACGAUGCGAAAAAAUAGAACGUUCUGCGAUGUCAUACUUCAUGUCGGAAACACCGAAUUAUACGGGCAUCGAGCCGUACUAGCCAGCGUUAGCGCCAAGCUCAUGGAGUUGUUCAGCGUCGAUGACGAGCAAGAGAGCACUAAUCCGCAAGGACACACUGUGCAAAUAACAUUGAACUUGAACUCUGGUUUCGGAGCGAGUACCUUGGAGAAAGUCAUCGAGUACGCGUAUACGUCCAGAUUGGAGCUGCAAGGUCACGAAGUUAGAUCCAUCUACUUGGCAGCUUGCUAUUUGAAAAUGAAUCGCAUAGCGGAAGAAUGCGCAAAAUACCUGAUUAAAAAUUUGAGCGUCGAUAAUUGCAUCGAUAUACGCAGCCUUCCUGGUAUUUCAUCGAAGAAGUCGUUCGUUUGUCAAUUGGAUGAUUUCAUAUCAACAAUGUUCCCUAAGGUAUGCGAAAGCUCGUCGUUUCUGGCAUUGCCUUGCGUACAAAUUGAAAUUUUGACUCAAACUCGUCAAGAAAUGAAUCUCGUGCCGAGCGACUCGCUGUCACGUAUGGUAAUGGAUUGGAUCAAAAGAUCGUUUACAAACAAUACGGAAUAUUCCUUUACGUAUAAUACGUUCGUCGAUAAGACUCAUAUGUUAUACUUGGCGGUGGAUAACUCGUUGCAAGAUUGUUCGCAUAUGCCAUCCGGUGACGUAAGCGAUACCCAAUUGGUCCAAGAGUAUAAAAAGAUGUCGAAGAAACCGUCGCCGAAUUUACCAAACGGACAGAGAAUUGGCCACAUGCAAUCUGCAAAGCCUCGCGUUCUCAUAUAUAAUAAAGAGUUAGCAGAUUCUCGUAAACAAGACGUUGAUUCUGAUUGGUUGGUAAUAGCCACAGACAAAGUAACAGAGUAUACGUUUUUGUCGCUGGUUGUGCUGAAUGAACGAUUAACGAGGAUGUCCAUAAUGUUGAGACUUAACGAACAAGAGGAAGUGGUUACCACUCCGUUGGAAAGCCGAUCGUCGUCGCACGAAUCUUUACCCGAAACGUAUUGCUCGUUGUCUGGAAUGUCUUCUGGGAAAUGUGCUGCCGGAUGUACGACUUUAAAUGGAUCGAUUUUCGUGUGUGGUGGAUACGACAGAGUGGAAUGUAUAAAAUCUGUAGAAAAGUACAACGUGGAAGAAAACACGUGGGAGAUGUUACCGGCCAUGUUAGAGGCUCGAGGCCGAUUCGGUAUUUGUAAAGUAGACAAUUGCAUUUACGCCGUUGGAGGAUGCAACGGUACGACCGAGUUGUCCACCGUAGAAUGCUAUAAUCCCGAGAAGGAAAAAUGGACUCCUAUUUCUCCUCUUCCUACUGCUAAGUCUAACGCUGGAAUUUGUACCUUGGAUGGCAAAAUAUAUUGUAUAGGAGGCUGGAACGGUCAAUUUGGCAUCAAACAAUGCGACGUUUACGAUCCUAAGACCAAUAAAUGGAGUACAAUCGCUCCCCUUCAGACAGGUCGUUACCAAGCCGGAGUUUGCGCUUAUAAUGGAUUAGUGUACGCGGUAGGAGGCUGCAAUAGUUGGAAUUGUUUGAACACGGUUGAAGUAUACGAUCCGUUGACCGACACUUGGACUUACGCCAAGCCUCUGGUGACCGCCAGAAGAGGUUGCGGAUUAAUCGAAUACAACGAGAAAUUAUUCGCUGUUGGAGGAUGUGACGGUAGCAGUUCCCUAGAUUCGGUUGAAGUAUUCGAUCCGGCCGUUGGCGAGUGGCGUUUAGGCCCUAGUAUGACCAUAGCCAGGAGUAAUGUCGGCGUUGCUGUGCUAAACGAACGUCUAUACGCUGUUGGCGGAUUUUCAGGUAAAAAGUUCUUAAAUAGUAUAGAAUAUUUGGACGAAUCGAUCAACAAGUGGACCAGUUUUAUGCAAAGAAGUUGUCCACCGUCGUUAACGACGUCAUUGUACGAAGACGAUUCGCAAGGACCUUUUAAAUAAUUUUACACGAAUAUUUUCGUAUUAUUUGUUAAGUUCAUUUCUUCUCUUUUUUUUAUGUAAUUUAUGUAAUUUUAUACUGGGUGAGUCGGUUGAAAUCUCAGCGUCUUCCAGGUGAUGGGCGUGGAACGAAUUUGGUCAAAUUUAAGGUUUCGGAGGUCUCUGAAGUUUAUUUAAAAUGCGCAUCAUUUAUUCGUGAUUUUACUAAUGAGCAUAGUAUGGAAAUUAAAGGAGUUGUGGAUUUUUUAAAAAUCUGCAAAUACUCUCUUCAAUUUUUCACGAAGAUUGCACAAAAAAUCACGUUUUGUGAAAUGAAGCAUUUUUCCGAUUUUCCAAAUCUUCGAAUUUCAAACCCCCUUGUACACAAGGUGUUUCAGAUCACUCCAUCACCACACAGAAGAAGAUGAAUACCAACUGACAAACCUAAUAGGCAAUUAUGUUCUCCUGGGACCGAAAUAUUCAUUCCGUAUUUUGUAUAGCGAUCGAAUAUUUAUUUUUUUUACGCCUCCGUUUGGGUAGAAAUACACCAAGUUGAGAAAAAACUGAAAAAAUCGUGAACACCGUCAAAAAAAAAUAGAAAAUUGUGAUAAAGACAGAAAAACGAAUCGCCUCGGUUGUGAAAAAGAAAUGACGAAAAAAAAAAAUAGGUGAUUAAAAAUCGUAUGAAUAUUUUAAAAAAUGAUUUGCUACGGAGGAUGGCACGAUAGACUGAAAAUUUCCCUCGAUAUGAUAAGAUCUCUCCUAAAUACUAGUCAAAUUCAUUAACAUUCGUUAUUAUGUAAGGUACUUUUCGGGUCGGUCAAGAUGUAAAUUUUUCGCCUAGUACGAUUGUAAUUAUUUUUGACCAAAAAAAAAUCAAAUGUGGCGAAGUUUUUCUGUCUUAUUGCCGGAUAAUUCCGUCGCCGCAAUUUGAAGUAGCAAUAAAAUUAUGUAAUUUUUUCUAUUCACCCCAAAGGUGCCUAAACCUUUUAGUUGAUUUGUUAUUUUUAUAUGUUUUAUUUUACGUUAUUUAUUUCGAAUUAUUAUUGAUAAGAUGUGGUUGAGGUUGAAUUUCCAAUUUUCCAUGUGUUGGUAACGUUAACUAAAAGAAUCUAUCUUGAUGCCCGGUGUAGAGCAGCGGAGAAAAAAUUAGCAUCGUCGGUUACCUUCCUUUUUUUUUUCCUUUUUUGUAAACAAGUUUUCCCGAAUUUUUAUCCCAAUUUUAAUGUAUCGAAUUAUUCGAAUACGAGAGACAGAGAAAGAGCGAGGAAUAUUUAUUCAGCUUUGAGAUCAGCUGAUAUGCAUUUGUUUUAUGUUUAAUUUAUUGUGUUUAUUCCACUUGAUAAUAUAACACUGUAAAAACUU